AUGAUAAAUUUAGCAACAGUAAUAUUAUUUUCCACAUAUGGACGAAAUUUAGGAAAUUUUUUUUUUAACACUUGUUUAUUUUUUGCAAAUUACCUAAACUUUGUUUGUUUUAUUUUAAAAAAAAUAUCUCAUAUAUUCAAAAUUAAUACAUAUAAAGAUUUAAAUGGUUUACAUAAUAUAAAACAAGCCAAUUUAAAUGGAUUAAUAAAAGAAAAUAAGAGUAUGCAUCUAUUAAAUAUAUCUUGUAUAAAUGAUUUAGAUGUCUUGAAUAGUUCUAUCCUUGAGACUGAAACAGAAAUAAAUGAACAUUUAUCAACAGAAGUAGAAGAUUUUGAUGAAGAUGAAUAUAAUUUUGAAUUCAUUGACUUAGUUCAGCAAAAUAGUUUUGAAGAAUAA